CCCUUAUGAAGGCCGCCGAAGGAAAGGAACACGGAAAGCGGCCGCCGGGGGCGCCCGACAACCGGUUCGAGCGUCCGCGGGACGAGUUGCCGUCGCCGGCAGGCCGCAGCGGCACAGGCCGCCCGAACGCCCGAGCUCGCCCGGGGCCUCUGCCUCGGAGGGGGCUCCCCGCUCGGGACAGCGCGACACGGAGCGCCCCAGGCGGCAGACAAGGGCGGACGGAGAGCGGGAGGCCGCGGCAGAGAGGCCCUCCCCGCGAGAUUGCAGGGCCCAGGCCAACCUGGGCAAGGGAGAUUCUGCCGUAGCUGGGCUGUGUGAACUGUAA